CACUCAUGACAGAAACAGUCCCUCAUCUGUGGAAUCUCCUCCCAUUCUGCAGUCUGGAGUCGUUCUGUCAGUUUAGAAAAAGAGAUCAGGCUCUUCCGUAUUCAUGAAGGGACGGACAAGAUAACCGGCUGUAAGUGCGUUUCAGAAAGGGAGAAACACCGCGGCUGUGAAUAAGGUUGUUCCGGAAAUGGCCUCCAAAAUCCAUGGAAACUGAUCCAGUACCGAAAGGAAGCUGGAUUUGUGUGUGUGCUUGUAAAAGUGUGUACAUGAUGAGCAAGCAGAGUGCAUGUAGGUAACAAAGAGUAGUUUCUGAACACCAGAGCGAUGAUGGUCUUCAUCUGACCAAGGUGAGGGAGUCCAAAGACCAAGAAGUGUCCACUUGAAGGAGCUGCUGGCUGAAGGGCGACGCCCCCCUUUUCCCCAACGGCUGGCUGAGGUGUUGCCUUGUUGACCCACAGCUAACCUGCCAACAUGCUGCAGCAGAUACUAAAGGACAUGUACAUCGAUCCUGAUGUGCUCGAGGCCCUAAACGAGGACCAGAAAAAGACACUUUUCCUGAAAAUGCGUGAGGAACAGGUUCGACGCUGGAAGGAGCGGGAGGAGAGUCAAGAGCAAGGCGGGGGUGGCACCGAGGUCAGGAGGACAAACCAAACGAAAGUCGCCACUAAGAGCGUGAGCUGCUGCUUGGUCGGGACGGAGACGGCCGUCACCGUGAUCGGAGAGGUGGACGAGCUGGCCUCCAAAUUCAUCUGUUCAGGAUUUGGAGAAAAGAAGGGUCCAAGUCCACCGAGCAAUGCACACCUUCAAAGUACCUUGAUGAGGCAGAAAAGCAAACAAAACCUGUCCUUAAAUGAGAGAGAAAACCUGCACCUGAAAACACAGGCUGGGAUCCCGCUGAAUUUAAAGCCUGAUCUGAAGUCAGCCAGCGCAACCGAAGAGGAGAAGUCGGCUCCCCAAGCCUCCAUCUGCCCUACGCCCCUCAUGAGAUCCAUCCCUGUCACCGUCAGACCGGCUUCGGCAAAUGUGGCACCGACCUCUGUUAGCGCCAGACCUGGGCUUGCAAAUCUGAAGGUGGCUGCUACAGCGCAAUCCUCUUCCCCGAGAAGUACUGUCAAAACAGACUAUGGAACCACGUCUGCUACCAAAGCUGGCCUGAACUCACUGGAAGCCCAGAAGUCACAUGGCGGAAAAGAUGUGUACGAAGAAACCAGGACACCAGGGAAUACAUCCACCUGUGCUGGGCGUGGCCGGGUGGCUCAGCUCAUGAAAGCCUUCAGCACAGAAGAGACGGAGACUGCCACACAGACCGCCACACGCACCACCAAGCCUCCCCUCCCCAACAAGCCUAGCCACUUGCGUACAAUAGCCACACCCACUGUGAGGUAAUCACGUAGCCUAUACCAUGAAGCGCAGACCAUCCAGAGCAUCUGUUGCCAUAUUAAACCAAAGCCACUGGACUCCUGAUGUGGAGCGUGGAGCCGGUGCGUAGCCCGGACAGCGUGGUGUCAAACCCAAAGCAAUGAAAAUGUUCACAGCCUGAAUGUAAAUUUUGUUGUAUGCAGAAGUACUGUAACAGUCUUUGAAAUUCCAAGUGAUAACUUACAACUGAAUUUACUUUUAUAUCAGUUGCACUCAUUUUUUUUUUGAAGUUUUUGUUUUUGGUUGGGGGUUUUUGGCCAGGGAAGUGUCAAAAUUUCACAUGCAUUUCUGUGUUGCUGAGAUUUUCCAUGUUAUGUAUUUUAAUGUAUUAUAUAUAUAUAUUUUGUUGUCCCACUACUCAAAUUGUUUACAUGCUCGUGUCAUGUAGUUUGGAUCAUUUUCCACAUGUUAGUGUGGAUCAGUUUAAUUAAUGAAAUCUGCUUGAUUUCCUUCUUUAAAAGUGGUUGUGGACCAGACAGCACGGGGUAAAACGAGGUACAGUCGGAUCUUCCUUCGUCCCCGCUGUCUUGUCUCCGAGACUAGUGUCGGUUUGUUUAUUCAUCACAAUGCAGUGAAUGUCUCCCUCUGGCCACCUGGCGAUUGCCGCACUGGGACCUGCCGUGCGCGUGCCAAGCGACCCUCGUCUGUCACUCUUUAGUGGAUCAAACUCCAGCAAGUUCAAAACAGUCACUGCCAAAUAUUUCAGCCUUGCUUCGGUUACACUUUUGUUCUCCAUUUCCUCAGGGACUGCCAUUGCUGAUGUGGGCUUGUGUGAGUGUUUUGCGUGCGCGCAUGUGUGUAUUUUUAAUAUUUUCUAUAGGGAGACAAACAGUGUUCUAAUGGGAUAUUUAACACAGUUAAAACUGAGAGGUAUGUGUGCCUCGGAUGUCAGACUUGUACAUGGUGCAAUCAACGAAACAAUAAAAUUGUGUGAGCUGUA